CGUGAGAUUCGUGCCCUGCGGUGACGAGUAUUCCGUGUUCCUCACCAACGAGGGAGGCGUCUUCACCUGCGGUGCUGGCAACUACGGCCAGCUGGGGCAUGGCGUCAGCUACAACGAGAUGAUACCCCGCAUGGUCAUGGAACUGAUGGGCAGCACCAUCACCCAGGUGGCCUGCGGCAAUCGGCACACGCUCGCGCUGGUUAGCUCCGGAGGUCGAGUGUAUAGCUUUGGUUUGGGCGCCUCCGGGCAGCUUGGAACGCGAAACACUAUAAGUUAGACGUUGCCUAAGGUGGUCAUCGGUCCCUAGGUCUCGCCCAGUGGAUCCGCAUUGAUGGAGUCCAGCGAAUGAUCCGAUGAAUGACCACCGGGUCAUUCGGAAAAUCUUCUCCGGCGGAGAUCAGUCGAUUGUGACGACCACUCUCUACGUAAACAUGGUGCCGCCCGAGGAUGAGCGCAGCUACAACCCCAAGUCCUAGAUCAUCUCGCUGACGGCAGAUGCCACACAGCAGUGCGCGCAUAUCAAGCAGAGCGACCUGGAUCUUCUGCAGUCCAUGGAGGUGAUCUUCAAGAGUCAGGCGUGCCUGCUCUCGAACGACGAGCAUUUUGACUGCUCUGCACGCAAUUAUGGAAUAGAUCUGAAGGCCGCCGAGGUGGCAUUCGAUCAUCUACGAAGUGUUGAGAAUGAGAGCAUAAAGCAGGUGAUCCGAUCCAUACUGAAUCCGAGCAAGGUGCUACACAAAUGGCUGGCCCAAACGCCAGUGGAUUACUUCGAGCGCCUGGUUAACAUAUUUCUGCACGUGGUGAUUCACAUCAUCAGCUUCUAAAUUAUGGCCUGAUGGUCUGAUGGCCAUCAGUCCAACGUUGGAGAGUUCCCAAAGACUGAUGCCAUACAAUGCUGAUUUGGAUGUCAUUCUGAGGAUAUUCUACUGGCCCGAACUCGACUGGUAUGCAAACGUCAAGCAGGAGUUUGUGAAAUGGAUAAUGGGGACCCCGAACGAGUUUAGCAUUUGUAAUUUUUCAUUCCUAUUCGAUGCGUCGGCCAAGACAUCGAUGCUCCAGGCGGAUCAAGUGGUCCAAAUGCAUUCAGCGAUGGCCAAUGCGGCCAAUAAUGGCAUCUUCAAUCUCUUUGACUAUGGCGUGCCCAUCUCGCAGUACAUCGUUCUGAAUGUGACGUGGAAGAACUUAGUCCAGGACUCCCUUCGCGAGCUGCAGCACUACUCGCGGAGUGAUCUCAAGAAGCUGCUGAAGAUCAAGUUCCAGGACGAGGAAGCUGAGGAUGCUGGCGGUGUGCACAAGGAGUUCUUCAUGCUGCUGCUCGAUCCGAAGUACAGCAUGUUCAAGGAGUUUGAGGAGUCGCGUGAACUGUGGUUCGCGGACAUCACCUAUGAAACGGAGAACAUGUGCUACCUCAUCGGCGUGCUCUGCGGACUGGCCAUCUACAAUUUUACAAUCAUCAAUCUGCCCUUUCCCCUGGCCCUCUACAAGAAGCUGCUAAACAAACCCGUCGAUCUGAGUGAUCUGCAACAGCUGUCGCCGGCGGAGGUUAAUUCUCUGCAGGCACUGCUCGACUAUGACGGCGAGAACUUUUCGGAGACCUUCGAUCUUAAUUUUGAGAUAUCACGCCAGGUCUUCGGGGUGACGCAGACGCUCAGCCUUAUGCCGAAUGGCGAGGAUAUUGGCUUCACCCUGGAGAACAGGCAGCAGUUUGUGGAACUGUCUAACUAUAGCUUGGUAUAUCCAUUGGACUAUGCUUGGGAUCAUACCCCAUCUUAG